AUGGCAAAAUCACGCGUUGCUCCUCUGAAGCCUGUAACGAUCCCCAGACUUGAGCUUACAGCUGCUUUGGUAUCAGUGAAAACCAGUUCUAUCCUUCAAAGGGAACUUGAAUAUGACCAAAUCACAGAAAUGUACUGGACCGAUAGCAAGGUUGUUUUUGGCUACAUCAACAAUGAUGCGAGGCGAUUCCAUGUAUUUGUCGCAAAUAGAGUCCAGCAGAUCCGGGACCAUACCUUACCCAAUCAGUGGAAGUAUGUAGAGACAGAUCAGAAGCCAGCAGACGAUGCCACUCGUGGUCAGAAUGUACAGAAUCUAAUUGAAACCUCGCGCUGGUGGAAUGGCCGAGAGUUUCUCUGGAAACCACUGGAAGAUCAGAGCUCACUUGAUGGUGGCGAACCCAUGUGCAUUUCUCCGGAUGACCUCAAAGUAAAGAAGAUUUCAGCCAUGACUACCCAAACCCGAGAAUGCUUCUCUCUUCCCGAUCGCGUAAAGUACUUCUCCAGCUGGCAUAAAGCUAAGCAAGCAGUUGCUGUUUGCCUUGGUCUCCAGAGAAAAUACAGAACCGGUUCAGAAGGGCAAGACAUGGUGAUAACUAAAGAGUCUAGGUAG